AGAUUGGCACCCGAGAACACAGGAUCCUAACACUGGCCCAUUUCUAGCAUCAUGCUUUGAUUUUACCAUGGAUUGUUUACAAAUGAUUAUGAAGGAGAUUUAAAUGGGGGAAAAAAGUCUCGCCUUUCUUGAUUUCAUGUUUAAUUUUCACAACAGUGGUUUUUAGGUUUCUGUCUUCCACGCUGUACAUCAGUGGGAUCUCUGUGCUGGAACAAGAGAAUGUCUUCAACUCAUUGAAGGAAAGGGAAUAUUUGUUCAAGCUUAUGAUGAUUUGACACGAUUAAUGUCUUAAUAACCAUGAUGGCAACACAGACAUUAAGUAUAGACAACUAUCAAGAUGGACAACAGAUGCAAGUGGUAACAGAGUUAAAAACUGAACAAGAUCCCAGCUGCUCUGAAACUGAUGCCGAAGGGGUGAGUCCUGCCCCCGUAGAAUCUCAGACUCCAAUGGAUGCAGACAAGCAGGCCAUUUACAGGCACCCACUAUUUCCCUUGUUAGCACUAUUAUUUGAAAAAUGUGAACAAUCUACACAAGGCUCAGAAGGCACAACUUCUGCCAGUUUUGAUGUAGAUAUUGAAAACUUUGUAAGGAAGCAGGAGAAAGAAGGAAAACCUUUUUUCUGCGAAGAUCCAGAAACAGAUAAUUUGAUGGUAAAAGCAAUCCAAGUUCUGCGUAUCCAUCUGCUCGAGCUAGAAAAGGUUAAUGAACUCUGCAAGGAUUUCUGUAGUCGUUACAUUGCCUGCCUGAAGACAAAAAUGAAUAGUGAAACUCUAUUAAGUGGAGAGCCUGGAAGUCCUUAUUCACCUGUGCAAUCUCAGCAAAUUCCAAGUGCCAUUGCAGGCACACUCAGUCCCCAAGGGAUCGUGGUGCCAGCAUCAGCAUUGCAGCAGGGAAAUGUAACUAUGGCAACAGUAGCAGGGGGGACAGUGUAUCAGCCAGUCACUGUGGUCACUCCACAAGGACAAGUGGUGACACAGGCACUGUCACCUGGGACUAUUCGGAUCCAGAACUCUCAGCUCCAGUUGCAAUUAAACCAAGAUCUAGGCAUCUUGCAUCAAGAUGAUGGCUCAUCAAAAAAUAAGAGAGGAGUUCUUCCCAAGCACGCUACAAAUGUGAUGAGAUCUUGGCUUUUUCAGCACAUAGGGCAUCCAUAUCCAACAGAGGAUGAGAAGAAACAGAUUGCAGCACAAACAAAUCUGACACUACUCCAGGUUAACAACUGGUUUAUCAAUGCUAGAAGGCGAAUUCUUCAGCCAAUGCUGGAUUCCAGUUGUUCUGAAACUCCAAAAACAAAGAAGAAAACAGCCCAGAACCGACCGGUCCAGAGGUUCUGGCCCGACUCCAUUGCCUCAGGAGUGGCUCAGCAGCAGUCGAACGAGCUCACGAUGUCAGAUGGUGCUGUGGUGACCAUCACGGCGCCGGUGAACAUGAACGUGGACAGCCUGCAGUCCCUGUCCUCGGAUGGGGCCACCCUGGCCGUGCAGCAGGUGAUGAUGGCAGGGCAGAGCGAGGACGAGUCCGUGGACAGCGGUGACGAUGACAGCGCCGAGCUCUCCACGGCCAACAUCGGGGGGCUGGUCCUGGACAACAGCGACUCUCUGCAGUAGGAAGCAGCAGAGCCUGGGCAAAAAACCCUUAGGAAAAAACAGAACGGACUGACUGACUGACUUUUUAUAGUUUGCACAGCAAACAUUUUACACAAGUUUUAUUUCUAAUAUGUUUUAUAUGUAGAUAUAGAAGGGUGCACUUUUUUGUAUUUCAUAGUAAGCUUAAAGAGUGUUUUUGCAGGUGCAGCAACUUCUUUCAAAUGUGUUUGGUUGGUUUUUUUUGGUUUUUGGUUUUUUUUCUUUUCCUUUCCUCAUUUCAAAAAAUUAUAUCUAGUAAUAUAAAGAACCACAUAAGCACCCCUUUGUUCUCUGAAUUGGAAGUGCUGCAGUUUCUGAGGAAUUAUGCAGUUUCAAUUAGUGCUGUUAUUUAACACAGCUUUUGAUGGGCAGGUGAUGUAAAUUUAAAAGCAUGUGACACUAGUGUGUGAAACUUGAUUAUUGAGUUAGAUGCAUAUAUUUGAAAGAUGCUUCUGCACCUUAAAAACUGCUAGUCUGAGGUGGACAGCAACACACAUAAAAAGAAACUGUUGAUGUGUGAUUCAGUAGAGAAUGUAUGGCAAUUUAAAUAAGUUUAGUUUCUCUCAUAGUCCGUGAGCCUGUUUAUCAUUUGCUAUAAAAACUCCUAUUUUUACCUUGCUGGGGUUAUUGGAUAAAAAAAAUAUUUUUAUAAAUUCACUAGAAAUUGGGAUGACAACUGUAUUAAGCAGGAGGAAAAAAAAUAAUUUCCAGAGGGGAAAAAUAAAUGUUUAGUAUUCCUAUUUGGAAGGUCUGAAAAUUGACCCAAUUUAAUAAACAAGCCUACAGUAGCAUUCUAUGAUUCUCAGCUAUCCCACAGUGAUAUACUAUAUUUGAUAAUAGCAUAAGAAGGGCCCACUGUUUGAUGGGAUUUUGAUAUUGUCAAACAUUGAUUUAUAUUAUGUGUAAACUAAUAUUCAAAUUGCAUAACUCUGUAUCUAGACUUGUAUCUGAAAAUAUUUGCUAAAUGAGUAUUCAGGUAAGUAAGUUCAAAUACCCACAACUUUUCCAAUUAUUAGAGAAAUUUAACAGUUUAUAGUUUGUACAACUGAAUCUAAAAAAAAUGAAAAGUUGCCUACUAUACAGUCAUGAAUUCUGCUAUUUUAUUGCAUUUGAAAUAUUUUCCCCUAAUACAAAAAGAAAAAUAUAACAUGGAUUUAUAUAAAAUUUCUUCAGAUCUGAAGUUUACUACCAGAAUAUACAGCAGGCUUUGUUAGAGUAGGAAAUCCUUGUGUGUCAUUUAAAAAUCAAAGAGCUGGUGAUGAAAACAGCUGGGUUUUGGUUUGGUUUUGUUUUGGGAAUUUUUUUUUGUUGUGGUAACUGUUCAUUUAUUUUCCCAAAAGUUUGAAGUCUGUGAUUGUCUAUCCAUGAACAUUUGCUUUUGGAACUUUGUAUUUCCCACUGUUGAGUACAAAUAAGAGACUCAAGAGCCUCAUGGUAUGAUCAACACCC